CGCCUGCGCAGAGCGGCGGCGGCGCGGGCGGAAGCGGCGGCGGGGCAGGGCCGCUCGGUCGCUCGGUCGGCGGGGCAGGGCCGUGGCGGUCGCUGCCGCCUCCCGUCCGACCCCGCGAGGCUCGGCGCGGCCAUGGCGGAGCCCCCGCGGCCGCAGCGGAAGCUGUCCCGGGUCGGGGAGAGCCUGUACCGCGUGCUGGGGCUGCCGAAGGGCAGCUCCCCCGAGGAGAUCAAGAAGGCCUAUCGGAAGCUGGCUCUCAAGUACCAUCCCGACAAGAACCCCGAUGACCCAGCGGCAGCCGAGCGGUUCAAGGAGAUCAACAGCGCCCACGCCACGCUGAGCGACGAGGACAAGCGCCGCCUGUACGACCAGUACGGCUCCCUCGGCCUCUACGUGGCCGAGCAGUUCGGCGACGAUGCCGUCCGGCACUACUUCCUCAUGUCCAAGUGGUGGUUCCAGGCACUGGUGCUGUGCUGCGGGGCCCUCACCUGCUGCUGCUGCUGCUGCUGCUGCUUCUUCUGCUGCGGCACGUGCUGCCAACCCAAGGAGGAUGAGUCCUACAAGUACGUGGACCCCAAGGACCUGGAGGCACAGAUGCAGGCAGAGGACAGCGAUCCUCAGGGCCCGGUUGUAGCGCAGCCGCCGGCCAGCACGGAGCCGCUGCCAGCCAGCGCCAGGAGCGAAGCCUGAGGCCGGCCCCAGCCCGCCGGCUCCCCCGGGACUGGGGCAGGGAUUCUCCUUUGGGACUGUCACUUUCUGGGACCACGGUCCCGCCCCCCGGGCUGCCUCAUCAGCCUCGGGAGGGAUAGAAUCUCAGGUUAAUUUGGCCAGCAUCACUGCACAGGCUCCUGGGCCCCUGCUCGAGCUCCAGGGCAAUGCCCCUGUGUCCCAGCACUGGUGGUGGCAGUGGCCUGGAGCCCGUGCUGCUGUGGCCCCCUUGAGUGCCUUGCCCGUGCCCAGGUCGGGCACCGAGCACCAGGCACCAGCAGAGAUGCUCCGGGCCGAGCUCUGUAGCUCUCUGGCCGAGACCAUUAGCACUGUAACCUCGGGGCUGGGCUGAGCCCGCCCCUCCUCAGCCCUCCCGACGGCUGCUGGGUGCCAAACGCUGCUGUGGGCUUGGGGUGCUCCUGUGUGUACCCCUUCCCUCUGCCCGCUGGGUUUAUCUGGGAUUUUGUGGGCACCAUUAAAGGCCGAUGGGAGGGGAG